AUGGCACCCCUAGCUCGGGGCCAAAUCCCCCUUUGGAUCCCUCUCAGGCCAUCCCAUCAUGCAUACAUGCCAUUGCGCCCCGUCGCAUUAGCAUGCCACCACGCCUCUCCAUUCUCAACUUCCGCGGCCUCACAUGCCGCUAAACAACGGCCCCGAGCCCGAGUCCAACCUACCAAAUCAAUCACACCAGCCUCACAAACCCCAACACUAGACGACCUCUCCCAAGCCCACAUCAAUGCCCCUAUCAGUACCUUCCCCGCAAUCCUCGACAUCCCGGACACGCUCCCUACCUCCGCGCCAACCGCCGAAAAGUUAAAGCGCCUUGUCGCCGUUGGCCGCGCCUACUUGACCUUCUACAAAACCGGCCUCAAAAACGUCUACCACAAUUACCGCGCAUCUCUCCCACUGCGCCGCGAGCUCGGUCUACCCGCAUACCUCCCCGUCUCGCCGCCACGCAGCACCAAAUUCAAUGAAGCCCUGCGCACCGCGUCCUCCCUCUCCACACCAGAGCUCAAGCUGGGCCGCGGGCGGUUCCAGCUCAUCCGGAGAUCGGCCCGUGAUGUACAGCGGAUGAUUCCAUUUACGCUGAUCCUGAUCAUCUGCGGCGAGUUUACGCCGCUGAUUGUGCCUAUUUUUGGUAAUGCGAUUACCCCGGCUACAUGUCGUGUACCGGGGCAGGUGGCUAAGGAGCGUGAAGCGGGAUCGAAGCGAAAGGUUCUUGCGCAGCAGGCGUUGGCGGCGUCGAGUGGAAAAUCGGCACCGAUGACUGGCAGUGAUGCAGAGCGGGCUCAGCUGGUGGAGUUAUCGACGAUAUCUUCCGCUCAGCAGGCGAGUGCGCCACAGGUGUUGCAGGCAUGCGCGAUCUUCGGGCUUGUGAAAAAGCAUGAUCGGUUCUUGGGAACUGUGCUUGCUGGACCGGUGUAUCGGCCUCGGCUGCUGAGGCACUUGCAUUACCUCAAUAUCGAUGAUCGGAUGAUUCUUGAUGCCGGGGUAGAUGCGCUGAGCGCGGGGGAGGUUCGGAUUGCGGUUGAAGAGCGCGGCGGGGGUGAUGUUGCGGCGAUGCUGAAGGGUGACAAGGCCGAGGCUGUGGAGCGCGAGUGGCUGAAGAAGUGGUUGAAGGAGAGAAAGGGUUUGAAGGAGGUGAAGGAGUAG